AUGACGUACCAGAACAGAUUGUCAGACAUAUUCCUGGUUGCAGAUGUAAAAUCAAUGAGAAUAAACACUCACGAAGAUGAGGUCACUGUGAGUCUGUGUAAGGAUCUAGAGGGGUCAGAGGUGGAGGUGGUGAAGUGGGGUAACGAGGGGUCGACGCCCCUCACCCUGGGAGAACUCUACUUUGACCUGAAGAAACUGAAGGAUGCUCUCAAGACUGCUGGUAACGGCGCUAAGAAGAGAGUCAAGGACCUCGACCAUGACUACGAGAAGAUCAGACUGGUGGGCAAAGGUGCUUUUGGUAGUGCUGUGUUGUACCGUCGCAAGGAAGAUGAAGUAAUGGUUAUCAUCAAGGAGAUCAACAUGCUGGAACUCUCAGCUUCUGAGCGUCAGAUGGCUCUCAACGAGGUUAAUGUUCUGGCAAUGUUGGACCAUCCUAACAUUAUCAGCUACAUGGACAGCUUCGAGAGGGACACAGUGUUGUGUAUAGAGAUGGAGUACGCUGAUGGUGGCAGCCUGGCUCAGUACCUCACACAGAGAGUCAAGCGUAUUGAUGAACUGGAGAUUCUUAUCUUGUUCCACCAGAUAGUCUCUGCUCUCUCUUACAUGCAUCAACACCACAUUCUACACAGGGACCUGAAGACAGCCAACAUCUUCCUGACGAAGCAAGGUGUGGUCAAGGUUGGUGACUUUGGUAUUAGCAAGAUGAUGAACACUCGCUCAGCCCACGCCCAUACUGUGCUUGGUACACCAUACUACAUCAGUCCAGAGAUGUGUAAAGGGAAGGAGUACGGAGAGAAGAGUGACAUCUGGGCCCUGGGUUGUAUACUCUACGAGAUGGCUUGUUUACAGAAGACCUUUGACGGAUCUAACCUGCCAGCACUUGUUAACAAGAUUAUGAAGGGUCAGUUCGCACCAAUCAAAGGUAACUACUCUCCAGGGUUCAAGCAACUGGUCCGUGACCUCCUGCAACGUGACCCUGAGUUCAGGCCCACGGCAGCUGAGCUGUAA